AUGUUAACGAAAGAAGGUGCAUUGAAGAUGUAUCUGAUGAAGCAGAGGAGAUCACCCCUGAACGGAUACAGAGAGGGAUUAGAGAUGAUGGUAUCGGAAGAGCACCUCAAAGUCAGAGUAGGAGAAAUGUGUCUCAGGCUCCUUCUGAUGGUGGAAAUGGGAAAGCAACACAGGAAAAGAGUAGGAAAAAAGUGGUUGAGAUUCAGGAUGGGAUCGCUGGAAGGAAGAAGAAUAUGUUUCAAACUCAGUCAAGCAAUCCGAGUAAGAAACAGAAAAAAAACUGUUGAGGUUGAAGAUGAAUCAAAUGUCGAUGGCUCCAAUGUCGAUGGCAAAGACAACGCAUCCAGUCGGAAAGAAAAAAAUCCAAGGCAAUACUCAAGAGCUUUGAAGGUUUUUGACAUCAUAAAGAAGCCAGACGGGACAACAAAGGCUCAGUGCAAACAUUGCAAGCAAGAAAAUGCGCAUGACUCGCACAAGACCGGUACCAUGCAUCUUCUGCGCCAUAUGGACAAAUGCAAUUUGAUACUUAAAAAUGGUGAUGAGAAGGUGAGAGCAGUUUGGAAGUACUUGAAUCCUGAUAUGGAGUGUUACACUCGUAACACAGCAGCCAAAGAUGUUUACAGGUUCUAUCUAAAUGAGGCAGAGAACUUGAAGAAGGAGCUAGUUAGUCUCCCUGGCCAAAUUAGCUUCACAUCGACGGCUACAUGUCUUUGA